CCCCAGCGCCUUCUGCAGUGCGUUCGCCGCUCGCAUCUGAGGCGCACCUCUUCGGCUCUCCUGGCAACUGUCGCUAGCAUCGACCGCGCUGAGCACAGCUUCUCGUACGACAAGACGCAAUAGAAAGUGAGUAAAUAUGGCUGGCUGGAUUCCCGGACUAGGAGAGAACAGACCACAACCCAGGAAGCUCGACAUGUCUUUCUUCGGUUACGUUCCAGACGACGGCUCCGUCGACAUUUUCACCAAAAUGGGGCAGAAGUCGCCGUCGAAACCCGAACAGGUGAUUCACAGAGAUGACGGUCAGUCCGUUCAAGAAACUGAAUCCAUCGCUCAGCAGUCGGACGUGGCGAGCGUCUCGGAUGUCCAGGACAGUUCUGUGGGCUUUUCAGAGGACAGGAUCCUAAUCAGAAAUGGGAAAAUUGUAAAUGCAGAUACAAUGUUUGAUGGUGAUGUGUAUAUUGAAGAUGGAGUGAUAAAGCAAGUUGGCAGUGAUUUGACAAUACCUGCUGGAACAAGAGAGAUUGAUGCUCAGGGCAAAUAUGUGAUGCCUGGUGGAGUUGACCCACACACAUGUUUUGAAUUUGAGAUCCAGGGCCAUAAAUCCGUAGAUGAUUUCUACACUGGCACUAAUGCAGCAGUAGCAGGAGGAACAACUACUGUCAUUAACUUUGCUAUUCCACAAAAAGAUGAAUCACUUAUUGAAAUUUAUGAGAAGUACAGAAAACUAGCAGACGAGAAAGUGUGUUGUGAUUACGGUUUGCAUAUUGGAGUGACAAGCUGGUCAGAUAAGGUUAAAGAAGAAAUGGAAGAGCUGUGCAAAGCCCAUGGUGUCAAUUCCUUCAAAUUUUUUAUGGCCUAUCGUGAUCUUUACAUGCUAGAUGAUGGUGAAAUUUUUGAAGCACUUCAUAAAUGUAAGAAUUUAGGAGCAGUUCCUCUUGUUCAUGCUGAGAAUGGUGCAGUUAUAGAACAGAAAACAAAACGUCUCCUCUCAUCUGGCAUGACUGGUCCUGAGGGUCACUACUUGUCACGACCAGAGGCUAUUGAAGCAGAAGCUGUCUACAGAGCAUGUGUUAUUGCUAGUCAGGUGAGCUCUCCACUGUAUUUGCAAGUGACGAGUAAAUCCUCAACUGCUGUGCUCAAGGCUAUGAGGAAAAAUGGUGUGGUUGUCUUUGGGGAAGUUCUUGCUUCUUCUCUGGGGAUUGAAGAUGCCAAGAAGCUAAACAACCCAUCCUGCAUUACCAACCCUCCAAUUCGUUCGACAGAGGGAACAGGGUCAUCAUUGAUAAGUGCCCUUGCUGAAAAUGGUCUACAUGUUGUUAGCAGUGGUAACUGCACUUUUAGCACAGAGCAGAAGUCUCUGGGCAUAGAAGACUUUACAAAGGUUCCACCUGGUGUAAAUGGUGUUGAAGACAGGAUGUCAGUUGUAUGGGAAAAAGGUGUGCACAGUGGUGCAAUGGAUCCAAAAUGCUUUGUAGCCAUUACCAGCACCAAUGCAGCAAAAAUUUUCAACAUAUUUCCAAGGAAGGGAUGCAUUGCUGUUGGUUCUGAUGCUGAUGUUGUAGUAUGGGAUCCAGCUGCAACAAGAGUCAUAUCUUCCAAAACUCAUCAUCAGGCUUCUGAUUUCAACAUAUUUGAGGGAUUGGAGUGCCAUGGUGCUGCUGCAUAUGUUAUUGUGAAUGGGAAAUUGUGUGUUGAAGGGAGUACUGUUAACACUUCACAGGGUACAGGAAAAUUCAUUAAUACUUCUGUAAAUCCUGAUUAUGUUUACGGCAUUUUGAAGCAACUUGAUGAAACUGCAUCACAAAAUCUGCAACCAGUUGACAGAAUAGAAGAUAAAGAAAAUGUUCCAGUGACACCAGAUGAUAAAACGACACCAACUACUUCAAAACACAAAUCUGUUCCACAGGCUGUGGUGUCUCCUUCUAUUCACACUACGCCAUCAAUGAAAGAGCAGCGGAAUUUGCACGAGUCCACCUUCUCAAUAAGUGAGGAACUGGAUAAUACUACCAAGAAAUCGUGCAUCAGAGUUCAAAGCCCACCUGGUGGAGGUUCAUCUGGUGGCUUUUGGUAGAAUGAGGACAAUUAAGAUCCAAGAUUUUCUUAACAGGGUGCCAGAUAAUGGAUGGAAACAUGUGCCCAAGAUAUUUCUGAUGCUAGGGAUUUGUAGUAUUAUGUUUCUUCAUGUCCCACAAAUGAUGAAAAUGGGAUAUAAAAGUUACCAAAAUACUCAGGUUGAAAAUGAAUUCCCAUUUUAUACUUAAUUUUAUUAUAAUAUUCUAAGUCACUUUACAUCUGCAUUGAAUAUGCCAGAUGUAGAUCGUUUGGUCCUUUCAAAGGCUUGAAAUUACUGUUCCAUCAUAAUCGUUUUGGUCCUUUCAAAGGCUUGAAAUUACUGUUCCAUCAUUUUGAUUUGGUUGUCAGUUUCAGUACUGCAAUAUCCCCUAAAGUCCUCUAAAAUAAGUUAUUUAUCUGCUAUGAAGUAAUUAUUUAAGUGAAAGUUGUGUCUCAACUGUGUAUUAUACCCAGUAACACAAAACAAGUACCAUAUUUUACAGAUAUUCUGUUUUAAGGAUCAUAAAUUUGUCAACAUGAUCAUACCAUUUCAAAAAUUUCAAAAGAAUAUUUAUUGCUAUAAUGUGUCUCCAAAAACAAUCUGCUUGCAUAUUUAGCCAGCCAGUUAUGCAAAAAUAUUAAUCAGAAAAAACAGUUGUGCUAAUUGUGUCGUGUGUGAACUCAUUUGUGGUGUUGCUAAAGAUGAAUGUUUCGAGUAACUAGUAAUGUAUUUUUGAUCGCUGACUGCUGAGAAUCGAGUCAUUUUAUGAAAUGUAGUAAUAUGUUUCACAAAUGCUAACACUGCCUACAUAUACAAUGUAUUUCACUUAAACAAUUUUUGUAAGUCAUGUACAUUGUUGUGACAAAGUAAAUACAACCACUUAUAAGUGAA